UCCAAUAUGGCCGCUAAUGUGGCGAUCCAGGAUUUAGCUUCUUGUGAAGAAAAUAUCGAGAUUUCUCAACAGAAAAAAGAAGAGGCAGACUCAGUAAAAGCAAGUGCAAACGAAUUCUUCAAAGAUGGUAAUUUUGAAACUGCGUUGGAACUGUACUCUCAUGCAAUAAGAUUGAAUCCAUAUUGUGCUGUGUACUAUGGUAACAGAAGCUUCUGUUCUAUAAAACUUGAAAACUAUGGUGAUGCAUUAGCUGAUGCUGAUAAAGCUUUGGAACUUGAUAAAACAUAUAUAAAGGCAUAUUAUAGACGUGCUUCAGCAAACAUGGUGUUAGGAAAAUUCAAAGCAAGUUUAAAAGAUUAUGAAACUGUGGUGAAGUUUCGACCAAAAGAUAAAGACGCACGGCUUAAAUACACAGAAUGCAAGAAAAUUGUACAGAAAAAAGCUUUUGAAAAAGCCAUAGCAGUUGAUCAUGAAAAGAAACCAAUGGCAGAAUCUUUGGAUGUUAACUCAAUGAAUGUAGACGAUAGUUACGACGGACCACGUCUUGACGAUGGAAAAGUGACGUUUGAAUUUGUUGAAAAACUUUUAACAAGAUUUAAAGAUCAAAAGAAAAUACAUAAAAAAUACGCGUACACGAUAUUAAUAAAUAUUAAGAAAUACUUCGAGGAGGUGAAUACUUUGUGUGAUAUAACGAUACCAGAGGGAAAUAAAUUUACCGUAUGUGGCGAUGUUCACGGGCAAUUUUACGACUUGUUAAAUAUUUUUGAACUAAACGGCCUUCCUUCAGAAGACAAUCCAUAUUUGUUUAAUGGUGACUUUGUAGAUAGAGGUUCAUUCUCCUGUGAAGUUAUUUUUACGUUGUUCAGUUUUAAACUCCUUUACCCAAAUCAUUUUUUUAUGUCACGAGGGAACCACGAGACAAGCUCUAUGAACCAAAUGUACGGGUUUGAAGGUGAAGUCAAGUCGAAAUAUUCCACGGAUAUGGUAGAACUUUUCACCGAAGUUUAUAACUGGUUACCACUAGCUCAUCUAAUCAAUAAUAAAGUUAUGGUAAUGCACGGAGGACUGUUCAGUCGAGAUGAUGUCACUUUGGAUGAAAUCAGAAAGAUCGACAGAAACCGACAACCUCCCGAGCAAGGUGUGAUGUGUGAACUGCUGUGGUCUGAUCCUCAACCGCAGAACGGUCGAUCAGCCAGCAAACGAGGCGUGGCAAUCCAGUUUGGACCAGACGUAACAAAGAAAUUCUGCACCCUGAAUAAUUUAGAAUAUAUUAUCCGAAGUCAUGAAGUGAAAGCUGAAGGUUAUGAGGUGACCCAUGAUGGAAAGUGUGUCACUGUCUUUUCCGCUCCAAACUACUGCGAUCAAAUGGGAAACAAAGGAGCUUUUAUCACAAUGGAUUCUGAUUUAAGACCUCAGUUCACAACCUACGAUGCCGUGCCACAUCCCAAUGUCAAACCCAUGGCGUAUGCAAACUCUAUGAUGUCAAUGUUUGGUUUUGCGUAAGAUUCAAAAUACUGAAUAAAAUUCAUCGGAGCCCAAUCGUCUGAUGAUGCUGUCUCCUGCGAGAGGAACAAUCGUGUUUAUUUAUCCGCCGUAAAGGUACCGACUUUUAUUCAAAUUCCUCUUGGAAACAAGGAUUGUUUGAUGUGACAAUGACGGGAAGCACUACCCCCAUCAGAAUCCAAAAUUGUUAUGUUCUUAGUCAACGGAGACUGUCAGGCAAGACAUUGUAAUUCUGUUGAAAUGUGAAAGAACACAACUCGAUAACCAGCCUAUUAUUUGCUAGGCAAAAUUGGAAUAUUUUUCCAAUGUGAAUAUCAGUAUAUUUUAUUUCUACAUUCUGCAAACUAAAUUACACAUCGUGUAACCUAAAGAUUUACCAAAUAUAUUUUUCAUAAGAACGUAAUUCUACAUGGCUGUUGCAUGUAGUGUAGACCAUACGUGCUGCUAUAUUGUUUCAUAUU